CUAAACAUCAUUAAUGAUCAUUCCUAUCUGAAAAGAAAAUUGUAAUGUCCAUCCUUGGAUAUCGGCAUGCGUGGUUGUGUUUCUGUGGCCAGGCUGAUGUUUGUGCCAUUGGUGCUGCGUGCCUUCGAGCAGAAGUAUGGUGCCUCUAUUUUCAGUGGAGGAAGUGAAGGACAUGGAUUCAGGUACAGCAUGUUUAAGAAGUGUGAGGUGAUCUAUGUGGAGCCUCUUCCAAAUGAUAAAGCAUCAGCAUUAUUCUUGGACGAAGUUGGAAAUGAAGAAUUGAGCAAAUUUGAAGAAAUUGCUGAUUGUUUGAAAUUCAGUUAUGAUCACUUAAAAGAAGAAUAUAAGAAGUGUUUCUUAUGUUGUGCAUUGUAUCUUGAGGAUUAUGAAAUCAUAAAAGAGGACUUGAUUGAGUUAUGUAUUGAGGAGGGAUUUAUAAGAGAUGAAGGGGGAUCUCGGCACUCAAUGAUUCGUAAGGGCCAUGUUAUUUUUGAGAAGUUGAUAGACAAUUGCAUGCUGGAAUUGGUUAAAGGUAUAGGCUUCGGAGGUUGGUCGAAUGUGCUUGUAUUGGUUAAAGGUAUAGGCUUCGAAGGUUGGUCGAAUGUGCUUGUUUUGGUUAAAAGUAAACUCAAAGAAGAUUGCGUGAGUAUGCAUGAUCUUCUCCGAGAAAUGGCGUUGAGUAUCAGUCCUCAAUUCAUGGUGACAGCUGGCAUGGCCUUGGAAGAGCUACCUGAGGAGCAUGAAUGGAGAGAAGACCUUUUGAAGGUUUCCCUAAUGAAUAAUAACAUAAGAGAAAUUUCAAGCACGUCGUCUCCCAAGUGUCCAAUGCUCACAACCUUGUUGUUGUCCAAUAACAAUAUUACAACAAUUUCUGAAGCUUUUUUUGAUCAGAUGCUUGGGCUGAAGAUCCUUGAUCUAUCCAACAAUAAGCACCUAGCUACGCUGCGGAGUUCUGUUUCCAAAUUGGAGAAUCUUACUACACUACUGUUGGAGAAUUGCGAGUCCUUAAAAGAGGUACCAUCUUUAUCCAACCUCAGGGGCUUAAAAAAGUUAAACUUUUUUGGGACACCAAUUGAAGAACUACCCCAAGGCCUCAACAUGUUAACCAAUCUAAAACAUCUUUUGCUUGGUGGUGGAUUAUCUGAAAUACCUGAUGGACUGCUGCAAAACUUUUCCAAACUUCAUUAUUUAAGAGUAGAUUGGAGGAUACCAUUGAAAUGGGAGGAGAUUGGAAGAUUGAGGAAGUUGGAAUCUCUUGAUGGCCUAUUCUCUACGGUGGAUGAUAUGAGCCUCUUUGUCAAGUCCGGGAGAGAGAUUCUAAAUCGGUACAGAAUUUUUGUUGGAAGUUACGAUGAAAGUGAUGGAUUCUUUUAUACCCAAACCCUUUCAAGUGCUAUGAAAUUAAUUGUAUGCUGUCAUAUUGAUACUUGUAAGGAGCUUAGUUGGUUACCAUCUGAUGCACAAGGCUUCUACAUCUUCGACUGUAAGGAUGUGAGAAGCUUGGACGACAUUUCUGGCUUUCAAGAUGCAACCGACUUACAGCAUUGCACCGUUCGGAAAUGUGAUGGCUUGGAGUUUGUUGUUUCCUCAAGCUGCUUAAAGCGGCUUCAAAACCUUGAGUCGCUAUACCUUGACGGUUUGAAGAACUUGAAUGUAGUGUUUGGGGAAGUAGGAGCAGUUGCUCAGUCAGCACCACUGCCAGCUGGCACUUUUUCUUCCCUUCAAAUUAUUAAUAUUACGCGGAUAACAUGGUCCGAAUAUGAAGGAGAAAACGCCCUAGAAAAACUCACUCUACCCAAGUUAGAAAGGUUGGUAUUGAAGGAUUUGCCCGCAUUGAAGAGAAUCUACAGUGGUUCCAGUACUGUUUUGAUCUGUGAUUCCAUCAAAAGGGUUGAAAUUGUGCAGUGCCGAGAAAUAGAGAUUGUUUUUUGGUUCCGGUUCAACCCACUUCCAACCCUUGAGUAUCUACACCUUUACAAGGUAGAGAAUCUGAAAUCCGUGUUCGAUGAAGAAGCUCUUGGUUUAUCGGCCCCUCCCACCACCUUUUUUUCUCUUAAAACAAUUCAUGUGUAUGGGUGCUCUAAACUAAAGAAAGUAUUCUCAUCUGGAAGCCUACUUGGCUACUUCCAAUCUCUAGAGACUAUUGGUGUUAAGUCCUGUGACCAAAUGGAGGAGCUGAUAUCAUCAUCGACCUAUGAAGAAAUAGAAGCCUUAGAAAAAAUCACUCUAUCCAAUUUACAAAGGUUGGAAUUGACGCUAUUGCCUGAAUUGAAGAGCAUCUGUAGCAGUUCCAAUGUGUUGAUUUGUGAUUCCAUCAAGAGUCUGGAGAUUGGCGACUGUGAGAAGCUAAAGAGGAUUCCUCUGCAUCUUUCCUCGCUUGACAAUGGCCAGCGUCCUUCCCUCAAACGAAUUCAGGUAUACCCAGAAGAAUGCUGGGAAUCAUUGGAAUGGGACCAACCCACUACAAAGGAUGUCUUUCUACCUUCUGUCAAGUUCAGUUGGCGAUGGCCAUGAAGCAAAGGAGUGCAGGCUCCUUGGUGAUUGGGUGGGGCAACAUUAAGACUUUUCAGUUUCAAUUUUCCAUUUCUGAUUCUGAUUCUGAUUCAACUCACUAGGAGUUUUCCUUUUUUAUGCUUUCCUUCUUCCCUUCUAUGUCAACAAAUCUCUCUCUCUCUCUCACUACUGUCUUUUCUUUUCAAUAUCUUUUGUUUCUUCUCCCCAUUGGUAGCAAAGCUGAAGUUGGACUCUAUUACCCCAAGAAAGCCGGUGGAAAUCACAUUUGCUUGCACCUAUUCUUGUUGUUGGGUUUUCAAAUUAAUAUACAUAGGCUUGAUAUAUAUAUAUAUAUAUAUAUUGGUGUGUUGUGAUUUUAAAUAUGUCAAAUUUUAAGCGAAAAUGUUUGUUUCUUUAUCUGUGUAAUUUUGUAUUUCAAUCCUAUGUGGAAGGAUUUGUCUUAUUUCUAAUGGUAUUUCUUUCUCUGCAUCUGCAUCUUUGCUUUUAUUGCAAUAAAUAAGCAUUUUAGCU